GAAGCGAAGCGCGGCGCCGGGGAAGUUUGGCCACUGCGCCGCCCCGUCCGUCGCCACGACAACCAGCGCGCCCGCCAUGGCGGCGCCCAGCGUGUUCCUGCUGGCCGUGAGCGGCGAGAUCGAGAGCGGGGAGUUCCCGGGAUUCGAUGACCUCUACUGCAAGUUCUCCUUUGUCUACGGCCAGGACUGGGUCCCCACGGCGGGCCUGGAGGAGGGAAUCUCGCAGAUCACCUCCAAGAGCAGCGUCUCGCCCACCACGCUGGUCUGGAACUUCCCCAUCGACAUCACCUUCAAGAGCACCAACCCCUUCGGCUGUGAGUGCUGGGGGGGGUCUGGCCCUGGUGCCAAAGCCCCCCCUCACCCCCAUUUCCUUGCAGGGCCCCAGAUUGUGCUCAGUGUCUACGGGCCUGACUUCUUUGGCCACGAUGUGGUCCGGGGUUAUGGAGCUGUGCAUGUGCCCUUCGUGCCAGGCAGGCACAAAAGAACCAUUGCCAUGUUUGUCCCUGAGUCCACCUCGAGGCUGCAGCAGCUCACCAGCUGGUUCACAGGGAGGCGCCCGGAAUUCACCGACCCCAAGGUGGUGGCGCAGGGAGAGGGAAGGGAAGUGACCAGGGUGCGCUCCCAGGGCUUUGUCACCAUUUCCUUCAACGUGAUCACCAAGGACCUGCACAAGCUGGGCUACGACGUGGGCCAGGGCCAGAGCAGCGGGCCCCAGGGGCUGCAGGGCCUGUGAGCCCCCCAGAGCCCCCCAAACCCCAGGGCCUGCACAGCUUCUGAGCCCCCCAAACCCCAGGGGCUGCAGGGCCUGUGAGCCCCCAAACCCCAGGGGCUGCAGGGCCUGUGAGCCCCCCAAACCCCAGGGGCUGCAGGGCCUCUGAGCCCCCAAACCCCAGGGGCUGCAGGGCCUGUGAGCCCCCAAACCCCAGGGGCUGCAGGGCCUGUGAGCCCCCAAACCCCAGGGGCUGCAGGGCCUGUGAGCCCCCAAACCCCAGGGGCUGCAGGGCCUCUGAGCCCCCCAAAACCCCAGGGGCUGCAGGGCCUCUGAGACCCCCAAAACCCAGGGGCUGCAGGGCCUCUGAGCCCCCCAAAACCCCAGGGGCUGCAGGG